GAAUUCGGUUCUCAGCGGCUGCGCCCGAUCUUCCGUUUGGGAGCAAACGCCGAGGCUUUUGGAUCAGAUCCGAGCGGAGGGCGUGCAGCCAUCCACUAUCACCUACAGUGCCGCCAUCAGCGCCCAUGAAGGUAAAGGACUCUGGGAGACGGCUUUACACUACUUGGAAGCAGCAGACAGCCAGAAUCUGCACCCGACUCUCGUCACAUGCGGGGUGGCCAUCAGCACCUGUGCAAAGGGCGCGUCCUGGCAGUCUGCCGUGGAGCUCCAGGCCAAGACGCAGCUCCACAGGCUGCCGCCAUCCGAAGUCAGCUGCAACUCGGCUUUGGCUGCCUACCAGCGAGUUGACGACUGGCGCAGGUCCGUCUUGCUGCUGGCGGAGAUGCGAGCCCUCAAUGCACUGCCUUCCGUCAUCUCCUACAGUACUGCGGUCGCGUCUUGCACGCAGUCUGGAUGGUGGGAGGUUGCCUGCAGCCUGCUUGGCGAAGCUCGGGAAGGCCACCUGGGCAUGAACGUCAUCAUCUACAACUCCGCCAUUAGCGUCUGUGAGAAGGGUGAGGAGUGGCAAAGGGCGCUGAUGUUGCUGGCAGAGGCUUCGGAGCUCAAGGUGGAGCUGGAUGUGAUCUCUUACAACUCGGCACUCAGCACAUGUGGGAAGGCCAUGGAGUGGCAAGCAGCGCUGGGCCUCUGGACUCAACUGCAGCGGAAACGCCUUAAGCCAACGAUUGUCACGCUGAACUCCGCCAUCACCGCCUGCGAGCGAGCCGCCCUUUGGCAGCUGGCUCUACACUUGCUGCAGGAGGUGGAUGCUUCGGUGCUUCACAAGGACGGUAUUACCUUCAACUCAGCCGUCUCUGCGUGCGAGAAGGCGGGUCAAUGGCAGGUCGCCCUUUGUUUGCUGCAGCAAUCGGAGCAGCAGCGGCUGCCCCGGUCCGCGACGGGAUUUAGUGCCGCCAUCAGCGCCUGCGCGCGUGGCACAGAGUGGCAGGUUGCUCUGGCGUUGCUUAACGAGGUUCAGAAAGCUGGUGUGGACGCCAUACUUCUCAGCGCCUCCAUCAGCGCUUGCGAUCGGGCAGCGGAGUG